GCAAACCCGGAGGAGAGAGGAGGGGAGACCCGCCACCUCCCUUCAUUGCUCACAGACUUGUUCCCUCCCCGGUCUGCGGCUGCUGCAGCAGCGGCGGCGGCGGCGGCGGCGGGACGCAGGAGCAGUCCCGAGGCUGGCCACGGAUGAGACUGGAACGAACUGAGACUGCUGGUAGGUGUGGACGACAGACAGCUGGGUGGCAUGGGAAUGCAGGUGCCAGGCGAACUAGAGGGUGGUGCUGGGUGCGUCGUACCAUCAGGAGAAGAUCCCCUCCCCCUUGGCCUCUGCUGAAAGCAACAAGGGAACCCCUAAAAGAAGGGCUGAGAAGGAUUUGCUACUGUCAUUGCUGUUUUCUCUUCCCCACCGGCCCUCUCCCAUCUCUCUUCUCUAAGAUGGCAGCCAGUAGCUCUGAGGUCUCUGAGAUGAAGGGGGUAGAAGACAGUUCCAACACCCACUCAGAAGGUCCCAGGCAUUCUGAAGAAGGAAUGGGUCCUGUCCAGGUUGUAGCAGAGAACCUAGACCAGCCAGAGGCCCUUCAGUCAGGCCCAGACACCACUGCAGCCCCUGUGGACUCAGGGCCUAAGGCUGAGCUGGCACCAGAAACCACAGAGACCCCAGUUGAAACCCCAGAAACAGUCCAGGCCACAGACCUCAGUGUAAACCCAGGAGAAGACUCCAAAACCUGCCCCAGCCCCAAAGAGGCAUGCCAAGAGCCGGCAUCCAGACCAGAGGUGAACAGAGAGGCUACAGCAGAGCAAGGGGCUGAGCAGCAGUCUGCAGCCCCUCCUGAGCCAACCUCAGAGCAGGCUUUGCAGCUAAAUACCCAGUCAGACCCUCAGCCAACUUCCCAGCCUCCUCCUAAACCACCCCUUCAGGCAGAGCCCCCCACCCAAGAGAACCCUACCACAGAGGUCCUGACAGAAAGUACAGGGGAAAAACAAGAAAAUGGAGCAGUGGUUCCCCUUCAGGCUGGUGAUGGGGAAGAGGGCCCAGCCCCCCAGCCUCACUCACCACCCUCAACUAAAACACCCCCAGCCAAUGGUGCACCCCCCCGUGUGCUGCAGAAGCUGGUUGAGGAAGACAGAAUAGGAAGGGCUCAUGGUGGGCAUCCAGGAUCUCCUCGAGGUAGCCUAAGCCGUCAUCCCAGCUCCCAGCUGGCAGGUCCUGGGGUGGAAGGGGGUGAAGGCACCCAGAAACCUCGGGACUAUAUCAUCCUUGCCAUCCUGUCCUGCUUCUGCCCCAUGUGGCCUGUCAACAUUGUGGCCUUCGCUUAUGCCGUCAUGUCCCGGAACAGCCUGCAACAGGGGGACGUGGAUGGGGCUCAACGUCUGGGUCGAGUAGCCAAGCUCUUAAGCAUCGUGGCGCUGGUUGGGGGGGUCCUCAUCAUCAUCGCCUCCUGCGUCAUCAACUUAGGCGUGUAUAAGUGAGGGGCUCUGCCCUGCAUUCCAAGACUUUUCUUCCUGUUGGGAGCUGUCUUGGGUCCAUCCCAAUCCUGGGAGAAUCCCAGUCCAUGGCCCUGGCCCCCACCCCUAGGGACUGAGGGAGCCUGAGCGGGCCUUGUUUACAGCUUCUUCCCUACUCCUGCAUCCUGCCAGGCUCCUCUGCCAGCCGUAGGCUUCCUUUCUCCCUGCACUUUUGCCUGCAGAUCUCCCCUCCUGCCUCUUGACCCCCCUAGUCCUGCACUCUGAAAACCCCUCUGCACUUCUGGACGCCUCCCUGAACAUCUAAAUUGUACUCUGCACCUCCGCAUCCCUCCCAGCCUCCUUGCACUUCUCCCUGCCCCUGGAAUCCUCUGAACCUUAAUUAACCCUGACCUCCCAACUUUCAUUGUCUUGGUAUCUAACCCAUCCCUUUCUUCCCUUCCCUAACAUUCUUUCCCCUUGCCACAUCCCCUGACCCCUUCUCAUCUUUCCCUUAGCGUCUUCACCCUCCUGCCAACACUUAGUCUGCAAAACCUGCAGUACUUAGGUCAGGCUGAGGGAAGAAGGAUGGUGUGGGGAGAGGUCUGCCUAGCUAGGGGCUCUGACUGUUCUCUACUGGGGACCACCCAGGCCCAGAUCAUACCCCCACCCUAACCCCUAAGGUGCCUAUUGGGUCGCAAAGCUGGCAAGCCAGACCUCACCUGGGGUACUUGCACAAGAGUGGGAGUCCUGGUUCUGAACAUUCAGGGGAGGAAGGGGUAUAGCUGUGGCUGAAGAGUCAGCCUAAAUUGACCUGCCCAUUUGGGCUUUUUAACCUCAAGAGUUUCUCGAAGGUCCAUUUAUGUGCUUUGUAAACAGUAGAAUUUUAAAAAAAAUUUAAAAAGGACCAAAGUUCUCAACUGCAGGGAGCAAGGGAAGGGCGCGAGCUCUGUAAUAUUCUCUAAGAGGACGAGGGAGGUUUGUUGCACGCGACAGCCCACUGAGGAGGCAGAGAGCCAGCUGCGAUGCAUUUCGGAGUUGGUCGGUGUUUUUUUUGUUUGUUUGUUUGUUUUCUUUCUUUAAAAAAAGUUGGGGGGAAAACUAAAAUUCCUUUAAAAAAAUAAAACUGAGUCUCCCUUUUUGUAUGCUGAAUGCUGCAUGAGUCUUAAACACUAAUAAACAGAGAAUGCAUGA